AUAACGAUAGUUGUAAAGGUUUUGGAAAGGUUUUCCUAUACUCAAAACCUUCUACAUUAUAUCUAACUCAUCAAGUAGAGCUAUGAUAGAGCUUGACAUGUGUCUCAACUUUAAUUUUGCGCAGUGUAGAGUCUUAGUUAAACCUUUGAACAGUAUGACCAAGGAAAUAAACAAAUAACAAAACAAGUAUCAUCUGUCAUAUUAUUUUACAUUUUCCCUGUAUGACCACUUCAAUACGUUUGCGUUUAGCAUUCCCAGAGAAAACAGCUUGAUAAAUUCAACCAGCAUGGACAGAGAACUCUUUGAAGCAGCUCUAACAGGAGAUGUCCAAAAAUUGCACCAACUUCUGCUACGAAAUCCCUUGUUUCUCCAAACCGCUGCUCUUUCUUCAGCAGCUAAUCCCCUCCAUGUUGCUUCUGCAUACGGGCAUAUUCAUUUUGUGAAGGAGAUUAUAAGGCUGAAACCAGAAUACGCUAAAGAAGUGAAUCAAGAUGAUUUUAGCUCCAUGCAUGUGGCAUCAGCCAAUGGGUAUGUAGAGAUUGUAAGGGAGUUGAUAAAAGUUGACCCGACGCUUUGUCUUCUGCAAGGUAGAGAUAAAAAGACUCCACUUCAUUGCGCAGCUAUCAAAGGGAGAGGUGAUGUAAUAAGCGAAAUGCUGUCAGCUUGUCCAGACUGUGCCAAAUAUGUGACUGUUCAAAGAGAAACUGCUCUGCACCUUGCUGUUAAGAACAACCAAUUUGAAGGGAUUAGAGUUUUGUUGGACUGGAUUAGAGAUAUGAAGAAGGAAAGCAUCUUGAAUAUGAAAGAUGAGCAGGGCAAUACAGUGCUGCAUUUAAGAAAAGUAGAAAAAAGCAAUGUGCAGGUAAUGGAACUGUUAUUUGGCAAUGGAGUAACUGGUCCACAGCUGUUGGAAGUAAACGCAACAGACCAAAGCGUUCUCACUGCACUUGAUGUGCUACUGAUUUUCCCAAGCAAAGCUGGGGAUAGAGAAAUCAAAGAGAUCCUUCGCAGUGCUAGAGCUAUGAGAAAGAUAGAUAUUAUUCCUUCAUCGACAAAUGACAAUCAAAUCUUUGUAAACACUCCUGCAACAACAGAGGGACAUGGACGUCCAUUACAACAACGGCCAACUGAUUUGGAGGACUACUUCAAGUUCAAAAAGGAUAGAGACUCCCCUGGUGAAGCCCGUAAUGCAUUAUUAAUUAUCGCAGUUUUGGUGGCAACUGCAACCUUCCAAGCUGGAAUGAAUCCUCCAGGCGGCGUUUGGCAAGACAACGGCACUAGCAUCAACAACAAAAAUAAAGUAGGGAGUUCUAUUUUGGGAUCUGUGAAUGCUGUUACAUACGGCAUUUUUAUGGCUUCCAACUCAAUUGGGUUUGCAUUGUCUCUUCACAUGAUCUACAUCCUCACUCACAAUUUUCCCUUGCAAUUAGAGCUUCAAGUAUGUAUGCUUGCAAUGUUUUCCACUUACAAUACUGCUGUGCCCAAUCUUGCACCAGAAAAAUUAUGGCUCUUCCUCACUGUGUUGACGGCAAUCUUGCCUGAAAUUAUACCAUUUCUAACCAAGUGGGUUAGAACAUAUAUGAAGCGGAUUGGAAAGCUUGUAGUGAAUAUCAUCCCCACCACAAGAUUUCAAAUGUUGACCUAAACCCUAAAAUCGUGCUAUAUCCUUAACACCCGUCGCACCAGGAAUGAAGUCUUUUAGCAGUCCCCUCUGCAUAAAAUUGUAGCACCCUCGUUGUCAGUUUUUCAUACUAUACAAUAAUAAUAUGGUGAGAUCUCUUACAAAACCAAACUAGUAUCAAUGUCAGUAGAUACUACAUGUUAUAAGUUAAAAGUUCGUUGUUUAAUUUAUUUUGAUUCUCAAUUUCAUAUUAUGAAUAUUACAUCCAAUAUUGUGUUCCAACGUAAUGAUAGUAAACAGAUAAUAGAGGAAUUCAUAAUAUAGAGAAUAAUCAAUGUUUAACACUAACUCCACCGAUCCACCGUCCACCUGGACCCACACUAGGACCAACUCUUCUUCUCCAAAAACACCUAUAUCAACAAACACCAAAUAAAUUCAGAAAUAUAGAUGUUGUUCAAAAUUUAUUUUAAGUGGCACUUUUAACUUGCAUGAUAGCACUGCUAGCCAAAUAGCCUUGGAGAUUAUGAAGCCUCUGCAACUGUGAAGGAGCCCUUCAAUAUAAUGACAUUUAUUUACGGAAAUUCAUUUAGCCUGAAGGCUGCCUUUGAAAUUGCGGUACUAGGAACCAACAAAGUGCUCUACAACUACACCAGUAUCAUAAAAUAUGUCUCUGAUCAUUACAAGAUUAACACCAUAGGGAAGGCGUGUCAGAUGAAAGACAUUCAAUGGAAGCAUGUUGAAUGGUGAUACCAUGCUGGAAAUGAAGAAGUUGGCAGAAACUUUUUGAACUGCAAUUUUACUGCCAGUUGGACUCCCACUGUUCAUGCAGAAGUAGAUUUUGAGUUACUGUUUUGGAUUGAUUCAGUGACAUGUUUAGGUGUAUUAGGUUUGGUUAAGUGUAAUUUCACUCAUGCUUGUACGUGUAUUAAU